AUGGCUUUUCCUCCUUAUCGUCGAUCUCACUUCCGUAGCAAAACUUAUUGCUCCCUUGUCCGCAUUUUCUCUCAUCUUUCUCCUUCCACCGUUCCAACUCAAUCCGAUAAUGGCAAUGUUGGAACGGGACGAGAAAGCCAGGGACAGGUGCCGGUUGGUUCUAUACCCUUGAAGGAGAUAUGUGAUGUUCAUGAGAUCGUUGAGAGCGUUGGAGACAGGAGCAAGGCUUUUAGUGUCAAUGGAAUUGUCCUUGACGAUGAAGACUCUCUGAUGGGAAUAGAUGAACCAUCCUCACUAACAAAUGGUUUUCAUUUGGAACAAAUAAUGGAUGAAUUGGAGCUUGUUGUGAAAGGGACUGAAGAUCCUGUUUGCAAUGAUGGUUUAAUCCCUUUGAACUGCGAGAAACAGAAUAGUGGUAGUGAAGUUGAUUUAAUGGAUUACCGAGUAGAGCAUGUUGAAUUUCUGCAUUGUGGUACAAACACGUCUGGUGUUGUAAGUGAGCUACAAUCUCAGGUACCUGUGGAGCUUAAUCAAGUUGAUUCAGAAGUCUUUCAUGUGUUGGAGUCAACAAAUGGACAAGCUUCUGAUUCUGUAAUCAGUACAGUAAGUAUAAAUCAUGAUAGUCAACAAAAGGAAACAGAAUUGGUGAAACCGGUUUCUCCUAUAGCGGGAUUGCUUCCUACAAUACAAGAGGGUGAAUUUGAGAAGGAAGAACAGUAUGGUCAUCAGGUUGAUGAAGUAGCUCAUAGUUCUUUAGAUCACGAUAAGACUAUUGAAACAUUGAAUAUGACAGAAGAAGAUGUUGGAUUACUGGAUUCAACAAUUAUGGAAGAUAAAAACAAAACACAAAAUAAAGAGAAAUUAAAGAAGUUAAUUUGUGUAACAGAUGCUACAAUUUCUUCCGAUCUUCUGAUUGAAGAAGAUCUAGAAGAGGGGGAAAUUUCUGGAGAGUUUGUAAUGGUGGAUGAAAACACAUUUGACGUGUCUUCCGCGGAUGCUACAAUUUCAGAACAGAUGAAAAUGGAUGAGAUUCAGAAACCCGGGAAUUCAUUUGGAAACAAGGCAUCCCCCUUCAAUAUGGGUAACAAUGGGCUUGUAGAACCUUGGACUAUCAAUGCCAUACCAACAUAUUUAACCCCAAAGCAAGUCUUGCACAAAGGAUUCAUGGAAGAAACCGCUAUCAAAGAUCUUGGUAACUCGUCUGCUGUACAGGAGGUAAUUGAUCCCGGUAGAAAGCGAAAAUAUGUUCCUGAUUCGGAGGAGGAGGAAGAUAGAAAGAAGGAGAUGGUUGAUGCCAGUAAAAGUAAACGUGGUCCUGGUUCUCAAGAGAAGAAAUAUAAAAAGAGGAAGAAGUAUCGAAAGAACCGAGCAGAAAAGAACAGAGAACUAGGUGUUAAAAGGUUGAAGUUGAUUCCAGUACAGAAACCAAAAACCAUCACAUAUUGUCGCCAUUAUAUGAAAGGAAGGUGCAAUGAGGGUGACAAGUGCAAAUUCUCUCAUGAUACUGUUCCUGAAACAAAGUCCAAGGCAUGUGUUCACUUUGCUCGUCACUCUUGUAUGAAAGGGGAUGAUUGCCCAUUUGAUCACCAACUCUCCAAGUAUCCUUGUUCUAAUAUUGUUUCUAAUGGCUCUUGUACUAGAGGUGAUGCUUGUUUGUUUUCACACCAGGUACCAACCAACCAAUGUAUACCUACGCCUACAAAUGGUUCUAAACCAGAGUCAAAGUCUCCUCUUCCGUCAGGAAAUACAAAUUUCAGUACGCCACUGAAUAAUCAUGGCACUAAUUCUGUCCAACAAAACCACUUCACCAAUUCUAAGGGAACAGAAACUUCGCAGACAAAGCCUACCUCAGCACCCAAAGGAAUCAGAUUCAUAAAUGUUGGUAACUUAUCAUCUAGUGCGCCAAAACAAGACACGAUAACACCAAACAAAGGAAGUCUUGUCCACAAUGGGACAUGUGCGGAUAAAGGUUCUGUUUCCAGCUUUAAAAGUCCUAUUCAAUCCACUGCAGAAAGAAUGAUAUCGAAUUUGCCUCAGUCAGUCAAUUUUGGUUUGUCUGAACAUUCAAUUUCAUCUCCGAAUAAGGAUGGUCAUGGAAAAGCUAGAGACAGAACUGCACAAAACUUACCACAAACUGUGCUAUUCUCACAUAAUGAAAUUUCAGACAAAAAUCAAUCUAUAGUAGAACGAAUAAAAUCGAAGUUUCUAGAGAAAGAUUCAACCAAUGUUCAAGCGGUAAAAAAGGCGUCUGACAAUUCUCAGACUUCAAAUGUGACCUCGGCCACACUUCUUGCCCGUCCGUUUGUUUCACAUCAGUCUUCAGGAAGCCUAGUAUCUGGAUAUCAUAAACAAGCAUCAAACUUAGGCCAAAGGGCACUUUUAUCAACUUUAGCUUUUGCAGCGGAGCACGAAUCAGAUAUUAAAAUGAAAUGCCCCACUGUUGAUUCACCUGUAUGA